AUGGACCAAAAUCCUAACCCUAACCCUAACCCUAAGAUGCAGGACUUAGAUGAAGCAGAAGAAACACUCUCUCUUUGUGAUCUUCCAAUAUAUAGGGACGCAUCGGAGUCCGAAAACUUCUUCAAAGAAUAUCAAAGCUCAUCAUGGUCCUCCGAUCAAGACUACUUCGAGUUCUUCAGUGAAGAAUGGAGUACUCCUACUACUACUUAUCCACCUGACAACAACAUUAUUUUCUGUGGAAAGCUCAUUCCUUACAAACAACCAGUGUCCAUUGACACCCACAAGCUCGAAAGCACCAACCACAAAAACCCGAAAAGGCGAGGCCUUUUCCGGUGGAAAUCAGAGUCUCUUAACAAAGCUAAAACCUCUGCCAGAGGUACUAAAGGUCCAUGCAAGCAAAAAAAAGUGUCUAAAUUAUUAUAUGUUUCCAGCCCAAGUAAGUCAUUGUCAUCAUCCCCGGUGUUGGAGAAAUAUACACGUGGUUCCGGAAGGUAUGGUGUUUCAGUUCGGAAGGUGUCGGUGGUGGCGCCGCCGGCGAAGUAUAGGUGGUACUUGUUUAUGUUUGGGUUGGCAAGGUUUCCAACGAAGAUGGAAUUGGGUGAUAUGAGGAACAGGCAGUCCCGCCGUGGUCCUUCGGCGUUGUUUCGAUUGGACAGUGGUGGUGAGAAGGCGGGUGGCUGUAGGAGGAGGUGGAAGGGGUUGUGGUGGGGGCUGAUUAGGGCCGUGGGUUUCGGAGGCCGCCACCAUGCAAACACCGUCGUUUAG